AUGACCAAUUUUAAUCCCUUAGCUAAGAUUCUGGAUGAAAAUCGAUUGUUUGGACCAAACUAUGUAGAUUGGAAAAGGAACUUAAUCAUUGUUCUCACUACUGAUAAAAUAACUCAUGUCCUUAAUACUGAGCCACUAGAACUUGCUUUAACUGAUGCCACUGAGGAGCAAAGAGAUGCAUUUAAUAAGUGGCAUGAGGCUGAUGAAAUGGCUAAAUGCUACAUAAUGGCCUCUAUGAACAAUGUGUUGCAAAAACAAUGCCAAGGCCUAGUUACAGCAAAAGAUAUGAUGCUGCACCUUAAAGAGAUGUUUAGAGAACAAAGCAGAAGUGCACGGCAAACUGCUAUGAAAAAUCUCAUGUCCACCAAAAUGGUGGAAGGAGCUCCAGUUCGAGAACCUGUCCUGAAGAUGAUUUCUUUCAUCAAUGAAUUGGAUAUGCUUGGUGCAGAAAUUGAUAGUGAGACCCAAGUUGAUGCGAUCCUAGCAUCUUUACCUAAUUCUUUUAAUCAGUUUAUCAUGAACUAUAACAUGAAUAAGAUGGAAAUGACAUUGUCAGAGCUGCUCAAUAUGUUGAAAACAGUUGAGGAUCUCAUCAAGAAAGAAAAGCCUACUGUAAUGUUGGCUGAAAAAUCUUAUACUUCUCUUAAGUUGAAGGCUAAGAGUAAGAACUUUAAGAGAAAAGGGUCUCAAUCAUUCAAUAAGGCUCGGGGUGACAAAGGGUUCAAGGAGACCCGAAGGCUAAAUGAAGGGGAGGUGAUCCUAAAGAUGGGGACUGGUGCAACUGUUGCAGCCACUACCAUUGGAACCUUUUAUUAA